AUGCCCUCCCUAAGAUGCCUGGAACAUUUAAUACUUUCUCUGUUGGUUUUCACCUGUUUAACUUCUGGUUAUGAUGCGUCGUCGAACACGAAUAUUGCCAUGUACUAUGGCCAAGGACCUGGUGAAAAUGAGCUUGGACUCGCCCAUUUCUGUGAAAGCAAUGGUGUUGACAUCAUCCCUCUCGGGUUCAUGAACCGCUACCUAGCGCAAGCUAAUGGGUACCCUGGGACGAACUUUGGAGGCUCUUGUUUUGCAGAAAACUUUACCGCACCUGGAUAUAAUGGCGUAAAUGACCCUGCACUGAAUGAUCUUCAAAAGAAAUGCCCAACUAUGGUUUCUGGAAUUCCACAUUGCCAGUCUUUGGGAAAGAAGAUCCUGCUGUCUUUAGGCGGCCAGGUGGUCACAGAGAAUUCUUACGCGCUCACCAGCGUUGAAGAUGCCGAGUACAUGGCCGACUUCUUAUGGGGCGCCUUUGGACCGCUGAAUCCUUCAGCGAAUUGGUCACGCCCAUUUGAUACUGAAGGGGUAGUUAACGAGGUUGAUGGCUUUGAUUUCGAUAUUGAGCACGUAAAUCCCGGCGAGCAAGAGUAUUAUAUCAUUCUAAUUACCCGACUUCGUAGCUAUUUCGACACUGCGGACAAGCAAUAUUUAAUCACGGGUGCUCCACAAUGCCUCUUCCCAGACCAGCAGAUGGGCGAUAUAAUCAACCAAGUCCAAUUUGAUAUACUCUUCGUUCAAUAUUACAAUACGCCACAGUGCUCGGCCCGCGAAUGGGUGAGCAGCAACCCGGGAUUUGGUAUUUCAACCAACAUGGAGAACUCGAGUGGUUUCAAGAAAAAUUUCGACGCCUUGGUUACCUCCUUACCAGGGUCGAAGAGUAAAGACACCAGGGUUUACAUUGGCCUGCUGGGAUCUACUAGUGCUGGCCUCUCAGGAGACUAUCUUAAUCCUGCAUCAGAGGUAGCACCAUUAAUCAAGGCCCAUUUCUGCAAUCCCUAUUUCGGCGGAGUCAUGAUUUUUGACGCAGGACACUCUGAGCAAAAUGUUGAGGAAGACGGAAAACCUUUUUAUGAGGAGAUCAAAGAUAUUCUAGUC